AUGGCUGAUAAGUCCCAGAACCAGCCCACCACCGAAGCAAGCGCUUCAAGAGGCGUCGUCCCCCUAGAACUCUUCCUCGAGAUCGCAGACCGCUACGUCGAAUCCGCCUACGCCGAAGCAGCAACCGAAGCCUCAACAUGGCACGUCGAAGGAUGCCCAGACGCCCUAGACUCAAUCUACAUCACCGACAACCACGCCUUCGACUACGCCUCCCAGAGGCAACGCUGGCGCCUCAUCAGCGACCUCGCAAACCUUCGCAGUAAACGCGUCUCGGACAUCGUCGACAAGACGUUUUGCCGGUCUGCGCGCCCGAGGAAACCCGGCAACAUCGUGUUCAGCAUCGACAUUGGUACCGAUCUACUACCCAGACAAGCCUACGUCCUCCCCGAAAUCGAUAUCUUCGUCCUCGACUUCAAGGCCGCGGACAGACACAAUAACGCAGACGGCGAGAGCCCCGAACCCCUCGAGACAGCAAUCCUAGCACUCUCGUCGGAGUCUGCCGCCGGACCACUGCGCAUGAUCCGGAACGUCAGCUGUAGCUUGGGAAACCUAAUGACAGCAACCAGCAAGCAAAUCCGCGCCCUCGCGGCCCUGCCCGAGCUGAGGCGCGUGCAGACGUGGUGCGCGAUCCAGAGCCCCGUACAGCCUGACGAGCCGCUGCACGACCACCGGGCGAUUCUGCCUGUUGACCCUGCUAUCUUGCCUGACCUCGCUGCGGAGUUGGCGCUGAGCGAUACGCGGCUUUUGUUGUUGUGGGGGCCGUUGUUUGAUGCUGGGGUGGAGGUUACGAUCCAGCCGAGGUAUGCUAAGCGUGGGGAGAUUGAGCUUGUUCGUACGGAUGGGGGGCUACGGAUGAGGUUUGUUGAGGAGGAGUGUAAGUGCUAUCGGAUUGAACUGGCAUAG